CAGAACAAAGCAGCAGCGAAUAUUUGAGGAACAUGGAGCGAGCCGGCGUCCACCUACAUUCCUCGUCUCAAACUUGGAGGAAUGUUUUGUUUGACUAUUAACUAAACUUAGAAGAAGCGGAGUGAACGUCGACACGCGGCGACAAUGGUAGCUACAUUCCCGGCAUCUUCUCGGAGCAGCAUAGUUUUCGUGUGCCAAACUGGAGCCACACGCACUCCUUAAAAGACAGUUCAGCAGAGAGAGACCGACCGAGGGCACACUACACUCACCAUGUCUUCCGUUACUGUCCGUCGACCCUGCAGGCAGGAGAAGGGCAGUUUCUUCAAGUUGAUCGACUCGUUUGCCUUGGAUAUUGGCACAUUGAAGAAAGAGAUGGGUAAGAAGACCAAACCUGCUGAAGAGGACCACAAGGCAGACAAGACACUUCUUGGGCUUAGUGAGGAGGUGGGAGGUCUCUUCCUGCAGGCUUCACCUUGUGCUGGAAUCGGUACAGGACUCGCUGGGGCGAGAGAUUCCGGCUACGACUCCCUCCAUCGUCGGCUCAGUGUUCUGGACAGACUGGUGCAUACGCACACUGUGUGGUUACUGCUAUCUCUCAGCCACCAGGAGGCCACAUCCAUACUGCAGAACCAGCCCACUGGGACGUUUGUGGUGAGGAAGUCUGCCAGUCUACAAAGGAAAGUCAUAUCUCUCCGAAUGGACAAAGACUCUGCAGUUCCAGUCAAAAACUUCCCCGUCAAAGAGAGCCAGUACACUUUCUCUCUGGAGGGAUCAGGCUUGAGCUUUGCGGACCUUUUUCGUCUGGUGGCUUUUUGCUGCAUCAGCAGGGAUGUGUUGCCCUUCACUCUGAAGCUUCCUGAGGCUAUUGCUUCAGCCAGGAUGUCGGCAGAUCUUGAGGAAAUUGCUAAACUUGGAUCAGGCUUCUGGGGCACUCAGUUGUGCGAUAAGAAGAAGGGCUUGGUCUCGUCAUCAGGGACAGCUGCUCCCAACAGACCACCCACCCCUGCUCAGAAACCAGUCUCCUUGGCAACGGCAGUAGGGUGUCCAUGGCUUCAAACUCGCACUCCAUCUGAGCUUGAGUGUUGCCAGUCCAACGGAGCCCUGUGCUUCAUAAACCCCCUCUUUACAAAGGUCCACCAACCAGUCGGUGAUCUAAGCACCACUCCCACAGCCAAGCAGGGCCUGAGGGAGACGCCCAUUGACAACAACGUAGAAACCAACGACAAGGUAGCUGUGCACCUCUGUAGCAGCUGUCCUCAAUCCUGCAGCUCGGAACAUAGUGAUACAAACCUGUUGGGUGUCAGAAACACAGAGUUGUCAAAAGACACAAGUCCAAACAACGAUCCUCAGAAGGUGCAUGUGUCUCAGUCACCACCACCUCGGCCACCCCCACCCCGCUUUAAGACACGACGCUCAGCACCUCCUGUCCCACAGCACAACAUGCCGGAGAAGAUUUCCUGGAUCAACAUUGCUAAGGAGAAGGCUGAGGAGAGGGAGAGGGAGAGGGGCAGCAGCCUCCUUUCUCGUCUGGGCUCUUCACUAAGCAUCAGCCCCUCAUCCUCCCCUCCCAAGAGACUCAACAUCAGCUCCCCAAUCUCCAUCUCCCGGCCCUCGCUGCCAAUCUCUCUGCCAUCUCUCUCCUCUUCUCCACGUCGAGCCAAGGUCUCGCCAUCGUCCAGUCAGGAGGAUGCCCAGUGCCACCUUGCACUGGAGGAGCAAACUAUUGAGAAGGCCCUCAUUAGAGCCAAACUAUCGCAACGUAAUAAUGCUAGUAGAACUUCUGCUCAGUACUCCAGCAGUCCUCCACAAGGCUCAAUGAUGGCAAUAAACAAGCAAGCAGAGAUGCAACAAGGAGAAGAGGAAACGGGCGAGGAGUGCAGCGGCAACAACCAGAGACUGAGCGACAUGAGCCUCUCCACAGAUUCCUCAGACUCCCUGGAUUUCUCUCAAAACUCUGCUUUCUUCCUUCCUCCUCUGCACGACCCAAACCUCCCCACUGAGGCUGAUUUCAACACCCACCUCCCCCUCUCUCUCCCUCCGUCCCACCACCUGCCCUACGGCAGCAUGGAGGAAGAUGACGAUGACGACGACGACGAUGACGACGAUGAGGAUCCGGACUAUGGUGUCGGCCUUGAGAGUGACCAGGACCAAGAUCAUGACCUGACUAUGGUACCACCGGGACGUCGGAUCAGUCGUAGCCCGAGUGCCAGUGCCUUGGUUCUCCAGAAGGCCCUGCGAGGGAAACUGCGUAAGAUGAGCGGCGUUUUCAAUUCACUGCUGACACCUGAGAAGAGGGCGAUCCGCAGGGUCGUGGAGUUAUCCAGGGAUAAAGGCACGUACUUCGGCUGCCUGGUUCAGGACUACCUGAGCUACAUGGGUGAGGGUGCUGGCACUCAGGCCUGGCAGGGUUACGCCUCUGGACUUGAGCUGCUGCAAACUCUGCGGCAGUUUAUUACUCAGAUGAAGAGCUACCUGAGACAAAGCUCCGAGAUGGAGCCGCCACUUGAGAGCCUUAUUCCUGAAAAUCAGAUCGACCAAGUCCUGGAAAAGGCCAUGCACAAGUGUGUGUUGAAGCCCCUGAAGCAGGUGGUGAAUGUGGCCCUGCACGAGUUCCAGGUGCGCAGCGGAGAGUGGCAGGAGCUGAAAGAGAAUCUGGCUCUGGCCAAGGCUCGGCAUCCACAGGAAAUGGGUGUGGCUGACACUCUGCCCCCUGAUCCAAUAUCCUUAGAGAAGAUCAGAAACAAGUUCCACAACAUGUGUAAGUUAUACUCCCCAGAGAAGAAGGUCGCAGUGCUGCUGAGAGUCUGCAAACUCAUUUACACCAUCAUGGAGGACAAUUCAGGUCGUCUGUAUGGUGCUGAUGACUUCCUGCCAAUGUUUACCUACGUGUUGGCCCAGUGUGAUAUGCCCCAGCUGGACAGUGAGAUACUUUACAUGAUGGAGCUACUGGACCCUUCACAGCUUCAUGGAGAAGGUGGUUACUACCUCACCAGCGCCUAUGGAGCCAUGUCCCUGAUCAGAAACUUCCAGGAGGAGCAGGCAGCCAGGGUGCUGAGCUCUGAAACCAGAGACACACUCCACCAGUGGCACCGACGCCGCACAGCCCAGCGCUCUGCACCAUCCAUCGAUGACUUUCAGAACUACCUGCGGGUGGCACUGCAGGAGCUGGACAGCGGCUGCACGGCUAAGACUGUGCAGGUGCGACCUUAUGCCACAGUGGAGGAGGUGUGCCAGCUGUGCGCCCACAAGUUCAAAGUGUCAGACGCUGACAAGUACGGCCUGUUCCUGCUGAUGGAGGGCAGCAGUCAGCAGCUGGCACCGGACACCCACCCUCAGAAGAUCAAAGCCGAGCUCCUCAGCCGCCCGCAGCCUCCGCCUUUCCACUUCGUCUUCCGCCGCUUGGCUCCCAACAACGCUCUACCCGACCUCGGUGUGACCUCUGACCCCCAGGCUAACUUGAACGAGCUGAGCGCGGACCUGUCCGGCUGCUCUCGGGAUAGGCCGAGCUUCAGCCUUGGUCUCAGUGUGUCGGGCAGCGAGCUUGAGGUUUGAACAGAGUCUUUGUCUCUCACUCGUCCUCCAUAACAAACAACAUGUUGUCAAAACAGUGUGCCGUGCCAGUCUCUGCCAAGUCCAACUUCUCCUUUCUGGAUGGCACAUCUGUGUCGGUCCAGUCCUUCCUGACAGACAUGGCGAAACAGGAAAAGAAGAGAGGAGGGAAGGAAAUGAGAGAGGAUGGAGUGUUUUGUUUUUACGGCGUCAGAGCAGCACUUUGCUGACAGCAGCUCUUAAAAGCUGUUGGACGUCGACGACCAUGUGUCCUGUCCUGCAUUCAUGCUGGUGCUUUACUUACAGAUAUUGCCUGAUCUCAGAGCCAUACAAAACUAAUCUUUGAUUCAUCUCUUCUAUAAAUUAUAGUGUAUUUAGGUGAUCUGUAUAACCAUUAUUUACUUGUUACAGUUGCUGGUAAACUGUAUGUUGUUGUUUCUGGUUUUAAACUGUUCUUUUUUACAUGUUUGUUUUAAAUGGGUUUUGGCACCACCCAGUGGAACGUUGUAUAUAUAGCAAGCUGAUCAUUUCCCAUGAUUUAGAUUUGAAUGAAAACUCUUAAAGGCUGAGGUGGUUUAACAACCUUCCAAAUAAGUAUGUCAUGUGAUUUAUGUUUCUACUUUGCUGUAGAAUUCCACAUUAUGCAUUAUGUAUCUCAUCAUUAUCAGCAAAAGCUAUUUUAAAACCCGUGUUGCCAGUAAAGACAGUAGCUACUGGCUGUCGCUAAAUGACGUUGCCGCCUAAUUUGCAUAAUUGGCUAUGUUUAUGUAAUUGUAAUAUACGCUGUAGGAGAGAGGAGUAACGUUGUGGGAGAGACAGGAAGUGAGUGAAAUCACCCUGGAUGUGUUCAAAACUACGGCAACGUAGGAACAUUUUUUGUGUACAAUUGGAAAACAAAAGAAAGGGUCAGCGGUACAUGUGAGAAAAUGAUGGUAACUAGUCAUUUACAUGUUACAUGUUACAUGCUACAUGCUACAUGUUACAUGUUACAUGUAAAU